AGGCAUCUGACUCAGUUUGUCUGACAAUAAGAUGUUUUAUGUCUUUCUGUUAAAUUGUUUGGUGGAAUCUGCCACACCUAUUAUUCAGCUUAUCUUUCUGUUUUCUGGUCAAAGUCCACUCAUAAACUGACAAACACACGUGCAAAUCGUAAAAAAUAUGUGUGUAUAUUUUAGCUACUGAUGAAUACUGAUAACUUCAACAACGCCCACUGCACUUAAAGGUUAGUCCAGAUACUCAGACUCCAUAAAGACUAAGGUACUGAGGCAGAGCUUCUGGAAAUAAAAACAAGAACAACAUAUUUGCUGAGGUGAGAGUAUGGUCUUUUGGGCCAUGAAGAGGUCCUUCAGCUGGACUUACCCCACCGCUAUACUAUCACUCUAUGGGUUUUUUGCAAACUGCAGAAUGGCAGAGCCCUUCCUCACACCAUACCUAAUUGGACCAUACAAGAACAUAUCUGGAGAAGUGCUGACCAACUACCUGUACCCUAUCUGGACAUACUCCUACCUGGCCUUCCUUUUCCCUGUCUUCCUCCUGACUGACUUCCUGAGGCAUAAGCCCCUCAUUAUGAUACAAGGGCUCUCUCUGGUCACGACCUAUGUUCUGCUCUGCUUCGCCCCGGGUUUGCCUGCUAUGAUCUUCGUUCAGGUCAACUAUGCUGUAGUGACAUCCACAGAGGUGGCCUACCUCUCCUACAUCUACAGCGUGAUUCCAGUUGAGAAUUACCAAAGAGCCACUGGUUACCUGCGCAGUGCCAUGUUGUCUGGAUACACAUUUGGUGCUGGCCUGGGCCAAAUGCUCGUCUCCCUGGCAGGAGUGGACUAUUUCUACCUCAAUGCAAUCACUCUGGGGAUUGUAAGCAUGGCUUUGCUCAUCUCCUUCUGGUUGCCCAUGCCCCAGAGGAGCCUGUUCUUCAAAGGGAAAACGGCUGCAGCUGUGGGCUCACAGUCCCAGCAGGAGGGGCCACUGGGACUGGACGGGCCGGAGAAACCAGAGAUGUAUAAGGACGAAGCUGGCUCAGGGAGAGAGAAGAUGGAGCAUAAUGGCAGUGCUGGCUUGUGCAGCAGGGAAAAUGUGGCCAAUGCAGGCCAUCUACUUUGGAAAAGCUUUAAGGAGUCUUAUUCUUCCAGGCAUUUAAUCUACUGGUCCCUGUGGUGGGCUCUGGCUUCAGCUGGCUAUGGGCAGAUUUUCAACUACACCCAGCUGAUGUGGGACCAUAUAGAACCAUCUGCCACAUCAUCCAUCUACAAUGGAGGUGUAGAGGCUGUGUGCUCUCUUGUGGGUGCUGCAGUGGCCUUCUCCGUGGGCCACAUCAAGGUUAACUGGGCCAUGUGGGGAGAGCUGGCAUUGGGGUUGUUCUCAACUGUAGCCACGAGUGCUGUGUUUCUGAUGGCGCUCACCAGCAGUAUCUGGCUAUGCUAUGCUGGUUAUGCCAUAUUCAAAUCCUGUUACAUGCUCCUCAUCACCAUCACAGCAUUUCAGAUUGCGGCCAACCUCUCCAUGGAGUGCUAUGCUUUGACCUUUGGGAUCAACACUUUUGUAGCCCUUAUUCUACAGACUAUUAUAACAUUAAUAUUUGUGGAUGAAGCUGCACUAGGACUGAACAUUGUGACACAGUUCAUCAUCUAUGGCAGCUACUACGCUCUCAUCUCUGUGCUGUUUCUGAUUCGAGGGACCUACACUGCAUGUACAACUCAACGCAAUCCUGAGUACACAGAAAACAAAGAACAAGAGACCAGUGUGGAGGUGAUCUCUGUUGAACAUUUCUGACAACAAACUGUUUAAACUGGCUUGAUCUGUUCCAUUAGUGUAUGGGGAAUAAAAGAAUAAUACCUCCUACAACAGCAGCACUGUUUUCUAAUGAGUCUGAAACUGAGAAACGUUUUGCUUCCACACUAUUGCUUAUGGCUUUUAGUUCCCAGCUAACCUCAUGGAUUUCUUUCUAUAAUCUGCAAAAUUUGUAAUCUCUACAAGAGGAAACCAACAA